ACAUUGCAUUUAUUUCAGAAACUGUGCACUUAUUCUGCCAAAUCGAUUUCGUCUCCUUCGAAGUAUUCUCCUGAUGCAAUGCACUUGUUGCAACGAAUUACUCAGUUUUCGAUGGCAGAGAUGGCUUUCAGUUCCGUCCUCGUUGCGGCUUGAAUCCGUUCAAUAGACUCCAAGCGAUGUCCCCGAAGCGGUCUUUUCAGUUUACCACUAGUUGUUUUGCCAUCAAUCGCGGGAUCUUUUGGCGGAUAGCGUUUCGCAAUCGACGCAUGACGUACAGAUAAUAUUUCUUAUUCACAAUCUGACCCGGGGGGAAGGAACUCAUAAUAGACGACACCACGGCAAUCAAAGAAUACUGUUCCUGGCACGGUAUUCGUUCUUCGAGCUUUGAUCAAAACAUCCUUCAAAAUUGUUUUCACCGACCCGGGGGUUAAGCCAACUUCAACGGCCAGGUCUCUUAUCGUUAAACGACGAUUCUGCAGUACCGAUUCCUUCACUAUUUGGACGUGCGCAUCGUCGGUUGAGGUCUUCGGUCUCCCAGGACGUUCUUCGUCUUCAACGCUUUCACGGCCGUUCCGGAAUGCACUACACUACUUGUAUAGAUUGUUUUACUCAUUGCUGCAUCCCCAAAGGCUUUCUGUACCAUUCUUAACGUAUGCGAUGCAGAAAAGCGAAAAGCGGGACAAGUAUACGGGUAGCAGCUCAAAAAACAAAUGAUAUCUCCUGCCCGGAUGAAUGCUACUUUUAACAGCACUAAAGAAAUCGUCAAUUUCUUUGACGCUUGCCGUUUGAGAUCGAAUAUCACCUUAUUUAUUGCACAGAAUAGUAUGUAAAACAAAUGUUGAGCCUCAUCCAAAGAAAAACAAUGUUUUUUAUGUGCAUUAAAUCACAAACAAAGUUGAAAAAUUCAUCUUCUCUAACGACGUGCCCAUUAAACUAAGCCAAGAUAUGCCCGCCACUGUUCGUCGAACUUCUCAACGUGGGCUGGUAAACGCGCUGAAUUUACGAAACUUCAACGGUAACCACCCCUCUCCUUGCCUCCCUCCCUCUAAUCCGUGCAAUGUUUACCUAUAUUUGGCAUCCAUUCGGAAUGGAUGCAGUCGGGAGAUUUUCUCGCUAAAUAGUAUGGUUGUUUCCCUCGUACCGUACGCACAUGGCCAGUGAAGUGUGAUUGCGUGCACUCGAGUAGCAGCUGUGAUUUGCAGCAGUUAUAUCUUCCAGGUUUUUCAGUUUUAAAGCAACUUCAGCCGCUCGAAAGCAGCCGCUUGUAGCUGCGCUCAUCUGUCCGGUCCAAUUACCGAGCGGGAUUCAAGAUGAAUCCACAGCAACAGCCACAAGCGCCGUACGCACCGUACGCGCCCCAGUAUCAAGGCUAUACGGACCAGCCCGGCUAUCCGCCGGCCGGUGGUGGUGGCUACCCACCAGCACCCUAUCCACCCCCGGGAACGCAAAGUCCCCCGGCUGGCUAUUGGGGCUCACCGUACCCACCGGCUGCCCCCGGCUAUGGCCAGCCGCCACAGAUGUACGCACCAAAUCAACCGUACGGCGGUGGCGGCUACCAACCCGUCAUGGUGCAGCCAGGAAUGCCUGGCCAUCCACCGCCGGUGAUGGGUCAACCGGUACCAGGUGGCUGGAUGCCUAUUCCUCAAGGGAUACCGAACUGUCCGCCCGGCUUGGAAUACCUUACUGCCAUUGAUCAGCUGCUGGUGCACCAGAAGGUCGAGCUGCUGGAAGCGUUCACCGGCUUCGAGACGGCGAACAAGUACACGGUGAAGAACACGCUCGGCCAGAAGGUGUACUGGGCGAUGGAGGAUACCGGCUGCUGCAACCGGAUGUGCUGCGGGGCGGCCCGCGCCUUCGACAUGAAGAUACUGGACACGUACCAGAACGAGGUGCUGCACUUUAACCGACCGCUGCGCUGCAGCUCUUGCUGGUUUCCGUGCUGCCUGCAGACGAUGGAGGUGACCGCCCCGCCCGGCAACGUGAUCGGGUACGUCGAGCAGGACUGGUCGAUCCUGACGCCCCAGUUCAGCAUCAAGAAUCAGAACGGCGAGACGGUGCUAAAGAUAUCGGGCCCAUUCUGUACGUUCAGCAUCUGCGGUGACGUUGAGUUUGAGGUACUGUCGACCAAUGGAACGCAGGUGGGCAAGAUUAGCAAGCAGUGGUCCGGACUGGGCCGUGAAAUGUUUACCGAUGCGGAUCAUUUCGGCAUUAACUUCCCGAUGGAUCUGGACGUUAGGGUGAAGGCUACCCUGCUGGGGGCUCUGUUCUUAAUUGACUACAUGUUCUUUGAAAAAUCUGGAAACAAAGAGCAGGACCGACCCGGAAUGUUCUAAACACAUUCCAUUUCAGAUGGUUGGGAUCGACUCCACUCUACUUUCAAAACGCCACCAGCAGUUGUUAUUGUAAUUUAAUAUCGCUCGUUCCCUUCAUUUUGCAAUCAUUUUUUGCAUUUUUGUUGCUGUUUUGUUUGGAUGAUCAUCAUUUCAUCAAUUCCCAAAGUAUUUCAUCCGUCGUUACCGUAAUUGUGCACCAAAAAAUGCUUAAAAUCGUGCCCUAGACCGUCCUGUUUAGUGCAUUUGUGGCACAAAAUUCAAUCGUACAAGGAGGAAAUCUAAUGCACAAAACAAAACCCCUCUUGUCAUGAAACUGCUGCUUCACCAAAGGGAGAGGUAGGAUUUAGUUUUUAACAAUCCAGUGGGUAGUACAGUACAGUGAAUAAACGAAUAGUGCUACCUGUUUUAGUUUGCUAUUUAGAUGAGAUAGGGAACACCGGGGUUUCGAUGUUUAAAAGAAACGUAUUUAGACGAAGCGGGAAUGCAUUUCGUUUCUGAGCAGGAGUAGCAACAGGAGAACAACGUUUGUACAUCGAUAGUAAUGUACAAUUGUUACGAAAAGCACCACUAAUUUGAAUCGAAAAGUGCAUUUGCUUCUUAACAGUUGAAAUGUGUAAACAAAAAAAAACAUAUUUUGUGAAACUAUAUACACUAGUAAGAACUUAAGCGUGUGAGAACACAUCGAACGAAUGCAUCAAAUAACAUCUCUAUACAAAAGGGCUGCCUCAUACAUUUUUUUGUUACUAGUUUACUCUACCUAUAUAUAUACACAAAAAGAUAUAUACUUACGGUUAAGGUUUGCCACAUAAUAGUAAUAAUCAUAAGAAGGUUUCGCUCUAGGGCCUCCUUUAAACAACUUUCUAAUGUACUAAACGCUUCGAACCAAUAGCAAAGUAGCUCGCUCUGGAUGUUACAGUAAACAUGAACUUCCUUUUAAACGCACAGUCCUUAACUCGCUGGUUGAACUUCGAUAGACUGCAAACUAUUGAACUUGUGUGUUUUUAGUUGGCACGUUUUUCCUUACGAAAACGUACCGGAUUUUUUCUUAAAACGACAUGAUAGUUGGAUUUUCCAUACAAAAAAGCACGAAUUUUAGUGAAAUCAUUCGGACGUUGAAACAUGCCAACUAAAAAACAUUCAACCAUCUUGAACUUUGACUGUGUAUCCCAAAACCGAAGACGAUUCCAGCAGAAGACUCUACAAGCUUUACUAAUUGUGCCGUACAGAGGGAGUUAUAGGAUGAGUAGGAAUUGUGAAUUCCUCAAGGGAAGCUACAGUCCUAAUAUGCGAGAGAAAAUGAAGCACUCGAUUGCAGCUGAUCGAAAGGUGUACACAAUUCACACCACCCAUGUACCGAAAUGCUGUGUUUGUAUGAAUGUUACAUGUUAAGUGAUAAAAUACAAAGAAAUACGUUUUUUCUUACGACCGAAA